GGAGUGUGCAGCAGGGACUCAGGAAAACUCAGGCAGCAGAACCCGAGGAGAAGAAGGAUGUAUUGAGAAGCUUAGCUGGGAUUAUACCAUCUGUGGCGGCAAUUCAUGUCUACAGGUUUUGUCCACAGGAACGCUGUCCUGGGAAUCACAAGCACAGGCCACUUCACUUGUUGCUUCCGGGCUGUGCGGGGCUCAGCUCAGUCACCACAUAGAAGAGCACUGAGCCAUUUGAGGACUCCGCCUGGUCCUCAGGGAUACGCUCUCUCUGUCUGCCACCAGGCGGCCUGCCCCAGCCCUGCUCAGCCAUCUCCACACUCCUCUGACAGAAUGAAUGCCCUGGAGGGUGUCCCCUUCAAGGUGCCCAAGGGCUUUGUGAUAGGCACAGAGCCCCUCCCCGGGCCAGAGCUCAGUAUCCCAGACUGCAGGGAGCUUCUGCUGGGUUCUAUGCACGACUUCAGCCUGGAGAGAAGGACGCUUUUCUGGGUGGAGGCUGUGGUCCAGGGACCCUGCCCGGUCCAGUGCGAUGCCCCAGAGGCAGCUUCCGCCCCUCCCGCCUGGCUCUUGCUGGUCAGCCCCGAACAAGGGCUGGUGCCCACGCCUGCCGCAGCCGAAGGUUCUGAAGCGGGGCCCCGGGAGCAGCCUGUGGUGCAGGAGGAGGAGGAAGAGACGGAGGAGGAGGAGGAGGAUCAGGAGGAGGAAGAACCCUCCUCUGCCAGGGAGGAAGAGCCGGAUCCCUGCAGCCCCCAGCCCAGCUCCCCGGGGAGCCCCAGCCCGGGCCAUCACCGGUGCUCACUGGACGUGCUGCGCGGCGUGAGGUCGGAGCUGGCCGGGGCGCGGAGGCGGCUCUCCGAGGGCAAGUUGGCCGCCCGCCCCCGCGACCUCCUGCACCGCAUCCGCCACCGAGCAUUGAGCCUCUGUCCCGAACCCGCGGCACCCCUGGGCCCGGUGCCCCCGCUCCCCAGCGCCCCCACGCCGUCCCCAGGUCCCGCACCAUCGCUCCCCAGCACCCCAGUGCUGCCCCCGCGGCCCUCCACGGCCGGUGCCAUGCCCCCACUGCGGAGACACAAGCCCACGGUCGCGUCCCUCAGCCCGCACACCUGCCUGCCGCCUCCUGGGCAGGCGCCGCAGCCUCUCAGUGCCCACAGGUUGCACCCUGAUUCUGCUGACCUGCUGUCCGCCCUGAGCCAGGAGGAGCAAGAUCUCAUCGGGCCAGUGGUCGCCCUGGGGUACCCCGUGCACAGGGCCAUCGUGGCUCUGCAGAAGACGGGGCGGCAGAGCCUGAGCCAGUUUCUCAGCUACCUUAGCGCCUGUGACCGGCUGCUGCGACAGGGCUACGAGGAGGGCCUGGUGGAGGAGGCCAUGGAGAUGUUCCAGUUCUCCGAGAGCCAGGCAGGGGAGUUCUUACGCCUCUCGGAGCAGUUCAGCGACAUGGGCUUCCAGCAGGACCGGAUCAAGGAGGUGCUGUUGGUCCAUGGCAACCGCCGCGAGCAAGCCCUGGAGGAGCUGGUGGCCUGUGCCCAGUGACCCUGGGGGCAGCUUGCAAUGCCCGUGCAUCCUGGUCCCAUGCUAGACCUGGCAAUCCAUCCUGGCUGUAUUAUGAAGAUCAUGUAAGGAUAACAAAGCAAUGCAAGCUCGCUGUCAAAAUGCAAACAACGCCAAGGGUGGGAGCAAAUACUGUAGGGGAGGCAAAAGUUUACCCACCUUAGGAUUUCAACUGGGGCUCUUUAACGAAAAGACAGAUUAACAAGAAAAAACCAAAAGUUUAUUAAUGCAUGUGGCACACAUCAUGCCCGAGAAACUUCAGUGAAAAUAAGAACUCUGGCUUAUAUAGCAGCUUCAACAAAAGACAGUCCAUUCGUAGAGAAAUGACAGGUCAAAGGAAAACAGUUUUGGCUUCCAACGAUAGCAAACUGCGAAGGUAAAUAUGUGGGAGGAAAUUAAUGGAGUAAGUUUUGUUUGCAUCUUCCCCUGGUGUAAUUUUGGGCUGACAAGAAUCUGUCUCCUGAAAAGAAUUUAUAUACUGCCUUGAGGCAGCAAAGAGGGGAAGGAUAGAGAGAGCUUGUCCCGCACUUGCUGCUUCUUAAUUGCCUUCAGUUCAGAAUAACUGUUACAUCAAAGAGGCAUGUUUUGGAGUGACAUUCUGGUUUCCUUCAGUACCAAAAAAUCAGCUCAAAGAGAUGAAUGUGGUUCCUUAUGGGGAAGGGCAGACGGGGGUACAGAGACAGGAACUGUGGUUUUUAAUACAAGCUUUGUAAAAUGACUGAUAUUUGACUCUUUGAACUGUGGGCAUUAGUAACUGAGUUUAAGAAAAUCAAAACAAAUAAAUGAUGGAAGACAUCAUUUCUGAUUUUGGUUCUGCUGAUGACUGGCUCAAGGCCUCUGUGGGCCUAAAUUUCCCCAGGACAAGUGGAGUGAUCAGAUCUGACUGACCUGGGGAAUUUGUUAAAAAGAGUUCCCGGCCCCACUCCUGGAUAAUCUGGUUCAGAAAGUCCAGCUGGGUAGCCUGCACGAAUCUGAUUUGUUUCUGUAAGAAGCUCUCUGGAGAUUCUUUUUCCUUUUCCUUUUCUUAAUUGCUUUUUUUUUGUUGUUACUGUUGACCCCCUUCACCCAUUUCUCCGCCCAUCCCUCACCCCCUGCCUCUGGCAACUACCAAUCUGUUCUCUGUAUCUAUGAGCUUGGUUUUUUGUUUUUAGUA